UACAGCAGGCGUUGUCUGCUCAUGUGAUCUAUGCCCUCAGGUGGGAAGACAGGGACAGGUGAGAUAAAGGGGUGGAAGGGGUGUUUUUUCACUGGCAGGUGAGUUCACCCCAAACUGCAGCCAAGAAAAAAAAAAAAGGUUUCUCCACCUUGCUUAUGACUCAACACAUGUCCGACCAAGAUGAUAUUGUUUUGCUUCACUUGCCAAGCUGCAGAAGUACUUGUGCACCCUGCACAGAUAACUUCUCAGGAGCACUGUUAUCAUUCCAAGGAUCCUUCAAGAAGCUUCUGCCAUCCACACACCCUAGGUUGGACCGUCAAGUGUAUGUCAUGGAAGGAGGCAUAGACAACCCUGUAUUUACCACUUUGGGUGAAGUGGGCUUACAGAUCGUUGAUAAAGAAAUCAAGGUUAAAGAUGGAGUGAAGGAAUCACAGGCCCACCAUAUAGAUGAAGAGUUCAAAGAGGGUCCAUGUGGAUGGGGCAAAUUUACUCCGAGCUGUCUGCAGUGCUGUAACAAUCCCAAGGGUUACCUUGUUAUGUACAGUCUUCUGGCUGUUAUGCAAGGUACUGCUGUAAACGGUUUGGUAAAUGUGGUAAUUUCAACUAUUGAAAAGCGUUACGACUUAAACAGUUCACUUACCGGCUUGAUUUCAGCCAGCUACGACAUUGCAUUCUGUCUUUUGUCACUUGUUGUGUCAUUUUAUGGUCAAAGAGGGCACAAACCAAGAUGGCUUGCCUUUUCUGCUCUGAUGAUUGGCAUAGGAUCUAUCGUUUUUUCCAUACCUCAUUUUACCAGUGGAAUGUAUCAGUUUGGAAACAGCUAUAAUGAUUUUUGUGAAAAGUCAGGAAAUGGCACCAAUUUAGAGGACUGCACUACGAAGGCUGAUUCCACCUUAUCCCACUACCUCUAUGUUUUCAUUUUGGGUCAGCUGCUAAUGGGAGUAGGAGGGACUCCCUUAUAUACUUUGGGUACCGCAUUUUUUGAUGACAGUCUUCCAACACAUAAAUCCUCAUUAUACAUAGGCAUUGCAUAUGGGAUGUCUGUAGUGGGCCCUGCUAUUGGAUAUGUAAUAGGAGGACAGCUGCUGAAUAUUUAUAUUGAUUUUGAAAAAACAAGCAGUAUGCCUCUGUCUCCCAAUGACCCCCGAUGGCUUGGAGCAUGGUGGAUUGCCUUUGUAAUUGUGGGUCUUGUUACCUGGAUGCUGAUUAUACCAUUCUCCUGCUUCCCGAAACACUUGCCUGGUACAGCAGCAGUACAAUCUGAACGGAUUUCACAAGCCCAUAGCAAUGGAAGUGAAUGCAUUGUUGAGUCCAAAAAUCUUGGCAAAAAUUUUAAAGAUUUUCCUUUGGCUUUCUGGCUUUUGGUGAAAAACCCCGUUCUUAUGACUUUAUCAUUUGCCAGCUGUGCAGAUGCAUUGAUCACCACUGGCUUUGCAACAUUUCUUCCCAAAUUUAUUGAAAACCAGUUUUCACUAACAUCAAGCUUCUCAGCAAUUCUUGGAGGUGGCGUACUGAUUCCAGCAGCAGCCAUUGGGCAAAUUAUAGGUGGCGUAAUUGUCUCAAAAUUCAAGUUUAACUGUAAAAAUAUCAUACGGUUCUCUAUUAUAUUAUCAUUUGUAUCACUGGCCUUGGCAACCGUGUUUAUAUUUGCUAAAUGUGGAAAUGAUCCAUUUGCUGGUGUCUCCGUGGCUUAUAAUGGGAGUGACAACGUAGGUGAUUUGGUGGCCCCAUGUAACAGCAACUGUUCAUGUGCCCGCUCAUUUUAUGACCCAGUUUGUGGCGCUGAUGGAGUGCAGUAUUUUUCAGCAUGUUAUGCAGGAUGUAGUUAUCAAGGUGUGUCCAGUGAUGAUGCUGCUAAGAUUUAUACUAAUUGUGAAUGUGUCGGGAAACCAGUCCGCAAUAUAGCACAGUCUCUCAGCUUAAAUGUUUCAGAUGCUGCCCCUGGAAAAUGUGAAACCUCAUGUAAUAACUUGAUAUUAUUCAUGGUGUUUUUCUUUUUUGUUGUUAUAACCACCUUCAUGACUGCCACUCCAGUAACGAUGGCCAUCCUCAGGUGUGUCCCCGACAAGCAGAGGUCAUUUGCGCUAGGUGUACAGUGGACAUUUAUUCGGUUAUUAGGUUCCAUUCCAGGACCAAUAGUAUUUGGAGUUGUCAUUGAUAGCAGUUGUAUUUUAUGGAACUUGAAUGAAUGUGGGACACAGGGAGCAUGCUGGACAUACAAUAAUACAGGAAUAUCUUACAAACUGAUUGGCAUCAGUGCAGCAAGCAAAGUCAUCACAAUCAUUUUCCUUUUUAUUGCCUAUUUUAUAUAUAAACCUCCGCCAAGCAAUCCUGACUUUUCACAUGAUAAUGGAAAGAUCAUCUCUUCAGAGGCACUUUAAGAAGACAGCAAUGGACAUACUAAUGUACAUCAUUGAUUUUGUGCAAUAAUUUAGGUUAUCUAUAGUUCUCACAUCGUUCUUCCGGAAAUAAUCAAAAACAGGCCAAAUAAAUAUAUAGAAUCCAUAACCGUGGAAAAUAAUACUUUCCAAUGGGCACUUAUAUACGAUGAAGAACGGAGGUCUGAACAAAGCUGAAUUUGUUGUAUUUUUUUUUUUUAUAUCUUCUUUAGAAGAUUUAUUGGAAGGUUAUAUUAACCUUUUUGGCUCAGCUGAUGGCAGUAUACUAUGUAGUUUGCUGAACUUAAAGUGAAUGUUCAACUGUUGACACUAUUUACAAAUGAAAUUAACAUAAAAGCAUAAAAAGUCAUAAAAGCAUUGUAUUACUGGUUUUGUACUGAUCCUGAGUUACAGACUGUAUUAGCCUUAAGGGCUGAAAUCUCCCAGUAUUUUCUGGGCUCAUGCACACGAACGUAUGUCUUCUCCAUGUCCGUUCCGGUUGUUUUUACAACCUGUAUGCGGAACCAUUCAUUUCAAUGGGGGCAGCAAAAAAAAACAAAAAUGCCUCCGUGUUCAUUCAGUUUCCGCAUGUCAGCAUGGCUGUUCCGCAUAAAAGAUAGAACAUGUCCUAUUCUUGUGUGUUUGCAGACAAGGAUAGGCAUUGUUACAGUGGAUUCGCAAAAAAAACAAAAAAACGGAUGCAAUAUGGAUGUCACACGGACAUCAUCCAUAUUUAUUGCAGAUCGGUGUUUUGUGGACCGCAAAAUACAUACGGUCGUGUGCAUCAGCCCUAUAUCUGUAGAAUAUGCUGUAGUAAUUUGCAUUCUGGGAAGUUUAGCCUUAAAGAGGUUUUUCGGAUUGCAUCAACAUCCUAUAAGAUAUCGUAAUCAUUUAUGAAGGUAGCUGUAAUUUUGUAAUGUAUUUCUUUUGCCUUCAUUGCUCCUAUCUUCCGUUCUGGGCUGUGGUCAUAUGGCCAUGUCCAUACAGCUCUUUUUUCACAUCAUCACACUUGGCAUUGACCUGCUAAAGUUAAUGAAAGUGGAGAGGAUGUGGCAGUUGCAGAGAGAGCAGAGCCUCUAGGUGUAAUGGCAACGCCCCUGUUGCUCCUAGAGGCUCAUCUGCAUAUAUUAAAACUUCAUUAUUUGCAGCAAUGCGGCACAUAUGAACAUGGGACCAACACAGAUGUCUUCAGCUGUCAAGCGCACAUGUAACAGGUCAGCCAGUGUCAUAGGUACAAAUCUGCUGACAGAUGCUCUUUAAGAUUAAUGCAUCUUUAAACCUCACACUUGUCUAGAAAUGCUACUCCAGUUUUUCUAUGCGACUACUAUGGGGCCCAGGGCAAGAGGGAGCCCAGUCUUAGUUAGGAUUAUGCCCUCUUCUACUGGAGGUCAGGACUCUACUCUGUAAAGAAACAACUUUUUGCAUAUGAGGCAGUGGAAAAAAAGGGGUUUUGGCAGAAACCCUUCUGUCCUAAAUUGAUCCUUUCUAUGGGGCCCUUACUUCUCUAUGUACGCCACUGGCUCAUCCCAUUCCAAGUGAAUAGGGCUGAACUGAAAUACUGGACACAGCCCAUGGGCAGGUAUAGUGCUCUUUCUGGAUAAAAUUUAAAACUUUUUUUAAUCUGACAGAGCAGGGG